AUGGCAUCUGAUAAAGAUUUGGUUGAUAAGAUAUUUGAUACCGGAUAUAACUUGUUUAGCAGUGGAUCCGAACUUGCUUCAAGUGUCAAAAGUAAAGUUUUGACUGCGAUUAAAGAUUCCGGUGAUGAUGAUGUUGUGAAUGUUAUUUCAAAGGGGAAUUAUUUGCCUAGGACUACUAACAAUAAUCCUCCUACAAAUAUUUCAAAAUUUGUUACUGGGGUUUAUGAUAGAUUAAAUUUUAAAGUAUUUUUAGGUAUCGGUAUUUCUGCUACUUCCGUAUUAUUAUUUUGGAAAUUAACGAAGGCAUUAUCAGUGCCCCAGUAUUUAACUCAACCUCAGUUAAAAUGUGUUUUAAUAUUUGGUGAUAUGCAUGAUCCAAUUGUACGUUCACAAGUGAUGGAUUUGUAUAGAAGGAGAUUCAUAGUAUUUGUUUGUACAGAGCAUGCUAACCAAUAUAAGGAAAAGGAUAAUGGUGAUGAAUUCUUGCGUUUUAUUGACCCAUUGUCUGUGAAUGAUCUAUCUAAUUUCUUGGAGUUUUUAAGGAAACCCCACAGCAAUCCAGUAGAAUUAGUUUCUAUUUUAUUCAUGCCAAACAGCUCUUAUUAUCCUUCUGGUGAAAUUUCACUAGACCAAUUAGAAAGAGAAUUACAUUCAAAUAUUCUAUUAUACUAUAACGCAUUGUCGAAAAUUGUACCACAUAUUAGAAAUGAAACGACACAAUGCAUUUUAUUUAACCCUUCGUUAUCAUCGAAUUUGGGAAUAGCUCAUCAUUCAGCAGAAAUCAUAGCAUCAGGAAUGGUCCAAUCCAUUUCUAAAACUUUGGAAUCAUACAAUACAUUAUCUAUCUACCAUGUUAACUUAGGAAUUAUUCAGAUUGGAGGACAACCUUCAAAUUAUAAGUAUCUAAAUUUAGAAGGUGCACCUAUAAGCUCUUCACUACUGACUCCUACAUUUAAAUUGAUAAUGUACCAUAGUGGUAACCUAUUGCAGAAAUUCAUUUUGAAAAUUGUUACCUUUGGUGGUUUGUCAAGAACAUUCUAUUUUGGAAGAUAUAGCUGGGUUUCAUCAUCAGUUAUAGGCAGAUUGAUUAUUAAAGUAAUAUAA